GCUGGACGAGUCCAGUUCUGAGUGCUCGAGAACAGACCCUACAGAACCCGUACACCUUGGACCCAUCCCAGAAGAGCAGUAUGUAGGCGAAGGAACCGAGGAACCAGUGCCUCUAGCGCCACACGCCCUCUACAGGGACGCAGAAACAAUCACAGAUGUUUGUAACAGCACAGAGCUCCCUGAGGUGGAGAUUAUCAGUCUGUUGGAGGAGCAGUUGCCGGUCUACAGGCUGAGGGCAGACUGUGUGUACGGCUAUGAGCACGACGACUGGAUCCAUACACCUCUCAUCUCGCCUGACACACGCAUAGACCUCACCUCAGAGCAGAUUGAGGAGACGCUCAACUACUUUUUACUAUGUGCUGAGCGAGUGGGCCAGAUGACUAAGACCUACAAUGACAUCGACGCUGUCACAAGACUUCUGGAGGAGAAAGAGCGGGAUCUGGAGCUCGCUGCCCGCAUCGGUCAGUCCCUCCUGAAGAAGAACCGUGUUCUGUCAGAGCAGAAUGAAUACCUGGAGGAACAAGUGGGCAGCAUCAGGGAGGAGGUGGCUCAGCUACACCAUGAGUUGAAUCUAAAAGAUGAGCUCCUGCAGUUCUACACUAAUGCAGCAGAGGAGAGCGAAGAGGGGUCUGGAUCGCCCACGAGUCAACAGGGAAGGGCAGGAGUUUCUGCCCGUAGUGGUUCCUCUCUGGACAUUCUGCAGCAAAAACUACGAGACCUGGAGGAGGAAAAUCUCUCUCUCAGAUCGGAGGCGAGUCAGCUGAAGUCUGAGACAGAGUCAUAUGAGGAGAAGGAACAGCAGCUGGUGAAUGACUGCGUCAGAGAGCUAAGGCAGUCCAGCAUCCAGAUCUCCAGUAUAGCAGAAGAACUGGCCAAAAAAACUGAAGAUGCCUCUCGCCAACAGGAGGAAAUCACACACCUUCUCUCUCAGAUAGUGGACCUGCAGAAAAAAGCCAAAACAUUUGCUGUCGAGAACGAAGAACUUUCUCAGCACCUUUCGGCAGCUAAAGAUGCUCAAAGACAGCUUACAGCCGAGCUGCAGGAGCUGGAGGAGAAAUACUCAGAGUGCAUUGAAAUGCUCCAUGAGGCUCAAGAGGAGCUCAAGAACCUACGGAACCGCAGUGUGUCCGCAGGAACUCCUCGACGCUAUCACGCUCUGGGACUUUUUCCCAUGGACUCCCUGGCUGCUGAAAUUGAGGGAACCAUGAGGAAGGAAUUGAGUCUGGAGAAUCCUGACAAUGAAGAACAGAGGGUUCGUCAUAAGCGUGUGUUUGAGACCGUGAAGAACAUCAACCAGUCUGUCAGACAGCGAUCUGCUAAUUCUGCUACCAACAUCCCUGGGUCCAAUCAGACGCUCUCCUCCCUUAGCUCCGCCUUCUCUGACAGCAAUAGCAACAAUGCAGCGCCUGAUAACCGUACACAGAGCAUGCUCCAGGAGACCGGCUCCUCAGAUGCUGCUACGGACAGCCCUGAGAAGCGAUCUGGCUCUGAGGAGCUCAAACUGGCUCUGAGGCGACUGUCUCUGCGACGGCAGAACUGCCUGAGCGAGCGUCUCUUCUUCGAGGGGGAGCGGGAGAGGCGUAAUCGAGAGCCAGCGGACAGUGGAGAUUAUUCAAACAGGCUGGUGCACAGCGAGAGCAUUAUGUCCCUGGGUGCUUGGGCCAGCCGGCCCUAUCUUCCCGACAAGCUCCAGAUUGUCAAACCUCUGGAAGGCUCGGCUACCCUUCAGCACUGGCAGCAGUUGGCUCAGCCUAAUCUGGGCGGUAUCCUGGAUGCUCGACCUGGUGUAGUCCCGAAAGGCUUCCGUCCCUUGGAGCUGGACCUGGAGGAAGUAUAUCACUAUGCUGACUAUGAGGAAGAUGAGCCUGGAGAGCAGUACUUCCAGAAUCUUCCCACCACAACCACAUCUAAUUCCAGUGUCCCACCUGCCCAUAGCCUCGCCCCCUCAGCCUCCCCGUCACCAUGUCUCAGCACAGGUCACGCUUCCAUAGAAUUCUCAAUGUAUUUCCCGGGCAAAUGCAUGGCUCACACGAGUUCAACCUACACCUUCACAACCUGCAAAAUCCUCCAUCCGUCUGAUGAGCUCACGAGGGUGACACCCAGUUUAAACCCCGUCCCCACCUCAUCCUGCGUGAUGUCAAGCAGUCUGCGCUCGACACCUGCCGCCACGCCGUGUACUCCUCGGCGAAUGAGUCUGUCCCAGUCUCAGUCCUUCACCAACCUGCGGGACUCCACCAAAACCUUCAGCACAUCUUUGGGCCUGGUUCGCCUUCUGCAGGAGAGGGGCAUCUCUGCUGCCGUGUACCAGCCUCAGAGCUGGGACAGAGGAAGCGGAGGAGUCCUCCUCUCCACCUCAGUUCUUCCUCCUCCACCUCCUGACCUGAACCGACCCACCACUCCGCCAAAUUCCCCUACCCGUUGCACUCCCAGCCCAGGUUCAGCGGUUUCUGAUACAGACACCUCCACACCUUUCUCUUUUAAGAGCCCGUCCUAUGAAAACUUCUUGGCUUCCAAGCCAGCAAGGUCUAUUUUGAAAGAGGUGGCAGGGGUGUCUGGGGCUCAGGCUAAAGACUGUGAGAGCCAAACCGAUGUCAGUAUGUAUAGUCUCAACUUGGUUGAUAAGCUGAAAAGGUUGGGGUUGGCAAGCCCUGGGGCUUCAGGGGCAACAGGGGGAGGGAUUCCAAGGCCAAGCCCACUUAUAGGUCCUCUGGGUGGGCUUCGGAGGGCAGGGUCCCCCUUUAGUCCACUAAACGAAGGUAUGAGGAGGAAUCGAAGCUAUCCUGCUAUGGUUGGGGCCAGUAUGGCAAUGAAGGGGCCCGGCCCUCAAGGGGAUGAAAUGCUACUGGCUCCUAAACUACCCAAGCAAACAAGUCUUAAAUAAUGAGUUAUGCAUAAUAAUGAAACGCACAAUCAGUGGAUUGUACCUCACUAACUUACUGAUAAGUUACUCAUAACUUGUAAUAUACACUAAAAAACACUGUCACCUAAAGUGGUAAUUCACCCCAAAAAAAGGAAAGAAAAUUCUGACAUUUACUCACCCUUGUAUCAUUCCAAAUCUGACUUCACAGAAGACAAAAUUAUUGGACCUCAUUGACUUUCAUUGUAUGGCCAAAGUAUUAUUUUCAAAAUAUCUUUUCAGUAGAAAGUAAAUCAUACUGAAAAAUUUCAGUAUACUGAAAAAAUCAUACUGACAUCAUUUACAUGUUGUUUCAAAUCUGUAUUUCUUUUUUCUUCUGAGCACAAAAGAAGAUAUUUUGAAAAAUGUUGGAAGCUAAAUAUGGACAAAAAAAUACAGUGGAAAUCACUGUAUCACUGGGAACCAAAACUGUUUGGUUAUAUACAUUCUAAACAUUCAAUGUCUUCUUUUGUGUUCAGCAGAGGAAACAUGCAUAAAAUACAAAAAAUAAAAAGGACAAAAAAAAAAAUACAGCGGAAAUCAAUGGGAACCAAAACUGUUUGGUAAUAAACACUCUUGAAAAUAUCUUCUUUUGUGUUCAGGAGAAGAAACAAAUGUAUACAGGUUUGGAACAACAUGAGAGUGAGUAAAUGUUUUUAUCUUAAUAAUAACACAUAUGCAGAUGGUAGUUUAAAGUGUUAUUUUAAUUCAUGCUGAUCUCCUGAUUUGCCCUGUACAAUCUAAUGUGACAUAUAUCCUGUACAGAUGGUGCUGAUUGUAUGUAACCUUUGACCUCACUUUGACUUCCCAGUGCACAUGCAGGAAGGAAUAAAUCAACAAAAACCAAAUGAACUAGAAAAUCUGCAGUCACAUGUAUGGUUUGAUCACUAUGAAUUAGAACUAAGUUCAGAUAUCACACUUGACGUGUAUUUUUCGAGCUGAGGGCAUUUCCAGGGUAUAUGAAAAUGUAUCGAUCCGGGAUCAAUGCUGUUCGUUUCCUGCUUUCGGCAACUAUAAAAUGUAUUUUCCCCAGUUGCCUGCUGGUUUUGAAGGAUGGAAUUUAAGUUGAUGUAUUGAUGCUUGCAGAUAGGAUGUGCGGAACAAGGUUUAAUCACCCACCUCAACCAACUCUCUUUUCCUCCAUUACUCUGUGUAUCUUUAUCUUUAUCUGUCUGUCUGUCUAUACCUUUUUUUAGAAGACAAAUCUUUAAUAAUGAAGUGACUAUUGUAGCUUUUCAUUUGAUGAGUGGGUGAAUGAAUUGAGGGUUAUUGGCUACAUUGAUAGACUGAUUUAAGAAAGUGCUGCUGUCUUGCUGUUUUUCUAUGUAAAAAAGCGAGUGCCUGUAUUUGUCAUCUAUCAUGUCAGAGUUUUUACUGAACAGUUGGAAAAGGUUGGAGAGCACUAAUGAGCACUGAGCACUUGUGUUUAUAGCGAUUUUAUUCUCUUUAUUUAUUAAUUUACCUUGUUUUGUUGUUUCAUGUUAUUUGAAAUGUGCACUUUGACGUUCUAAUGUGCUGUUUAACACCACCUGUUUCAUAACGUUUUUUAGAUUUAGUUGCUCUCAGGUAAUGGUCGUACAAGGGACAGGCUUUUAGAUUAGUGACUACGCAAUAAUGUUCGUUUUUUCAAAUAAAAAUAAAUGCAGAGAAAUAAAAUGUAUGCUUCUUGUCUGUCGAUGCCCUUAACUGUCACCAGAGGGCAGUGUGCCCUCACUCAUUUGUUUUCAUUCCUUAUUUGCACAACCCGCCGAAUUACAAGUAAAAAUUUUGACUUUCUUGA